AUGAAGACAAAAAAGAUUUCAUCCAGUUUUGCAUUAUGUAUUCUUUUAAACUUAAUGAUAAUGCAUGCUGUGGUAGGAAUCAACCUACGACAACAAUAUGAGAACGAACGUCCGUUGACCCAAAAACAUCAUGAAGCUUUCUUUGAUUUAUCCACUGCAAUGGAGAGUCUUAACCGCUUAUCUGCUGAUAAAAAUUCUUUAGGUCCACCCAAUGAGCCACCAACACAAAUUUCGCAAGCGCCUCCUGCAACAAGCUUUAAAGAUAGAUUGGUUAAAGAAACUAUAGUCUCCGUUAUACAGAUGUUUUUACCAAGUGAGUUGAAGUCCUAUGCAGAGAAAAUCUAUGAUGUUAUUUCGAAAUCUGACGCGCCGGAAUGUAAUAAAAUUUUAAGUAGUUGUUCUGGGAUGAAUGUUCAUCUUUCUUGUAGAGAUGCGUUACCAGAAUGUAUAAUUAGUAGUUUUGUGACAAGUUAUCCUACAGAACCUAUAAUGGCGACAGGAGAGAUCAAUUUACAAGAAUUAACAAAUAAUUUUGCAACUAUUACAUGUCUACACUCCGUAUUUUAUACUACAUAAAUCCACUUCAAAAAGACCCGACACCUCAACAUCCUUACAUAUGUCAACUGAUUUUAGGGAAAAUUGUUCCAGAAAUAAAA